AUGGUGUGUCCCUUCUCCUGCCCGCCCCUCCCCGCCCCCUCUCUCAACUCGUCCCACCUCUCAUUGCCGAAGAAGCAGCGGUUAACAGCGCGCGCGCACACACCGACACACAAAAUGGCCAAGACAACGCUUCUCGUGUGCGCUCUGCUCGCCCUCGUCAUGUGCCUGGCAGCGACAGCCGUCUCGGCGCAGCAGUCGCUGGCGUGCCAAAUGGUGUGGCAAGCUCCGUCCCCUAACAACAGCCUGCUGGAGUGCCUGGGGAACACGGAUCGCAUCCGGUCUCAGUGGCCCUACUACCUGUAUCCCGCCUUCGCUGCGCUCAUCUUCAUCUUUACGGUGAUUGGGCUGCCGAUUCUGUUCUGCUGCCACUGCUGCAGCUGCUGCGAGGCGUAUGUGAAGCCGAAGGCGGAGACGGACCUCGGCGUUGCCCGCUGCUGCCUAUGGAUGCUGAUCGUGAUUUCGGUGCUUGUGGCGUGCGGCGUGUGCGUGCUGCUGGUGUAUGGCUCCGUCUUACUGGAGCAGGCAGCCACGCAAAUUAUCCAUGACACCGAGUAUCGCACGCUUAAUUACUUCAACGACAUCCGUGCGAACAUCACGAUGCUGCUGACAAACUACAGCGCGGACCCACCGAUACCACCGUCGAUCGACCUUAGGACCUUUGACGCUGUGAACGAUGAUAUUACCCACUACGUGCAUCUGGCGCGCAACAACUACCUCCAGUACUUCCGCGCUGCCGAGAUUGUGGUGUGCUGUGUCGGCAGCGUGGGUGUUUUCCUGAUGCUGUGCAUGCUGGUUUUUGUGCUGUGCCGUUGCAAUGGGAUCUGCCCGAUUGCGUGGAGCUGCCUGUACUUCGUGUUCGCGCUUGCAUUUGCGUUGCUUGCGGUGUUGUUCACGAUAUGCAUCUACGUGCUGUCCGCUGGCUGCGGCGAGGUGGGCCUCCAGCGUGGUCGUGAGCCUGGCGUCUUCCAGUGGUACCUGGUGCCGUGGUGCGAGAAGCAGUUCAACUUCCAAGCGCUGCGGGCUCAGGUGCAGAGCCAGGAGCAGCAGGUCUCGCAGAGCGCCUGCGCGGAGCUCUUGAACUUCUGUGACAACGAUCCGCAUUACUCGUUGGAGACUAAAAACCACAUCUUCAUGUGCGGCAACAGCAUCACCGAUAAGAGCCAGUGCGACUCGCUGGACGACGUGGUGGACGUUGUUCUGAGCACAUACGUGAAGCCGAUGCUGACGAACACGCUAUGUGCCAACCAGACGGGCAUGGAGUACCUGGAGAAGUGUACAGUGAGGUUGUGCUCAUCGCGGUGUGUAAACUACGAAGCGCUGGAUCUGCAUGCCAGGACGUACGCCAUUCAAAUUUUGCAGGCUGCCGACUUUGCUGCGAAUGCGAGCACUGCGCUGUCGUACGUGUGGCCGCUGCUGGACUGCAACUUCAUCAUUGACAAGAUCGCCAACACAGUCGAGACGCAGAGCUACAACAGCAGCUUCACCACGCAGAGCGAAUAUGUCCGCAGCUGCUCUGCGGUCCGCACUUCCUCUGUGAUGCUGGGUACCGGGUUCUUUGUCGGGGCGCUCAUGUUCAUUGUCGGCAUUUAUGUCAUACAUCGCGGUUCGCGGAUCACGGUGCCAGUGAACAAAGAGAAGGAUUUCUGA